UGAGAUCAAACACCUUGCUGCUCAACCACACCUGAUCUGCGCGUCUGCUUGUGUGUCUUAAUUUGUAUCACCGAUCCAAGGGCGAUUAGGUAGGAGUGGUGGAGAUCGAUCGAUGAUGGCGCGAGAGCUGAGCAGCGAGGAGGAGACGGCGGACCUCCGGCGAGGGCCGUGGACGGUGGAGGAGGACCUGCUGCUGGCCAACUACAUCGCCCUGCACGGCGAGGGACGCUGGAACGCGCUCGCGCGCUGCGCCGGGCUGAAGCGGACGGGGAAGAGCUGCCGGCUGCGGUGGCUGAACUACCUCCGGCCGGACGUGCGGCGGGGGAACAUGACGGCGGAGGAGCAGCUGCUGAUCCUGGAGCUGCACGGGAGGUGGGGGAACAGGUGGAGCAAGAUCGCGCAGCACCUCCCCGGCCGCACCGACAACGAGAUCAAGAACUACUGGCGGACCCGCGUCCAGAAGCACGCCAAGCACCUCAACUGCGACGUCAACUCCCAGCAGUUCAAGGACCUCAUGCGCUACCUCUGGAUGCCCCGCCUCCUCGAGCGCAUCCACCGCUCCAACUCCAACUCCGAUUCCACUUCCGAUUCCAAUUCCAACUCCGCCGUCUCCUCCCCCGUCGUCGACGACGCGCCCCUGCCGCAGCUGGCCGCCAACGCUGCCGCCAUGUCGUGGCACCAACAGCAGCAACCACCACCACCACCACUCAUGAGCAUGCCGCCGCCGCCGCCGCUGCCGGCCGCCGCGUCGUCGCAGCUUGAUCAUCAGCUCUGGUCCGAGUCGUCGUCGCUGCUGCCGGGUCUCGCGGGGCUGUACGACGAGGUGGCGCUGCCGGACUUUGACGCCAUGUGGGGCGCCAGCGCCAGCUACGGCGAAGACGACCCAUGGUACACGCAGAUGCUGCAGGGAGGAGUCUUGUGAUCAGCUGAAACCACCAUUGACCAACCUCCACUCCAGCUACGUGGACUUCACUGGGCUAGAAGAAGGAGAUGCCUAUCAAUUAAUUAUUGGGAGGCUUAAUGAAUCAAUCCAGAUAGAUUAAUUAACCUCCCAAUAAUUUCAUCUCCAGUUCUUGCCCAUCGAUCAUCCUUUGUCUCAACAACAGUACAGUGUACUACAUACAAUCUAGAUUGCCAAUUUCUUCGCAUGCAUGCAGUAAUUAAUUAGGCUACAGUAGUUUGCCAGUUUAAUUUACUCCUCCAUGACGAUCAGAUAUGGAUCAUGGAUUGGUGGGGUAAAUUAAGUAAAUUACAGAGCUACUCAACAAAAAUUAGUGUACGGAUGUGGUUAGUAAAUUGGUUGGUUCUCUUUCACUUGCUAGAUUAUACUCCUUGAAGAAUUUAUUUCAACAUUCUUGCAAAUUACAAAUAUAUACUCGCCGGCGGAUGAAGUAAUUAAUUACUCGGAUUGGUUUAAUUUGUUUGUGAUAAUGUAUAGCAGGCUAGCUUAAGGAGCUAGCUCGUUGAUGUAAGUAGCUUCAUUUGAUGACGAUGAUGAUGAUGAU